CGCGCUCACGGCUGCGGUCAACAUCCCGCGUGAUUCCCUCGUAUUUCUCAUUCGGUGAGUCCAGCUGCUGAGGGAACGCUGCCUGCCUUUCGGCUGCUGUUGGGCAUCUGGUGUCACACGAGUCCAUCCUUGGGUGAGCAGACGAGUCCUUUUGAUCCGCCGGUCCUUCUGGUAGCCAAACACGAGUUGUGCUGCGAGGAGCUCCUGCUCCUCUUCGAUCCGCGGGGAUGCGCCAAAUCAGCAUGUGCCGCUUCCUGCUGCCCGUCGCUCGCACGGACCAGGCGGAUCAAGGGCCUCAGCAGCGCCACGCGGACACAGGUGAGAUGGCCAUCACAUCACGCCACAGAUCUGCUUGAACAUCAUGAAUGAUGUGCUGAUGUGCUUUGGUUUCGAUGCAUGCCUUCAGAUUUCACCACUCCUGAGGCGCGGGCCAUCGCCAAGGAGAUCAUCACACAGCGACAGCUGGUGAGCCACACACCAACACCGACCAGACAGCCCAUGCUCCCUCAUAGUGUGGAUGUGUUUGCUGUUGUUGUCAGGCGUCCCCUCCGCCGAAUGCGUCGCUGUGCGGCUUCCAGCCAGAGAAGCUGGCCAACGUGUGUGAGCACAUACCCACACACGAGGCCAUUCGGCUGGGUCUCAUCAACAAGGCCAUGCAGGACACGUGCCAGUCGCCGUUCGUCGUCCGCCACCUCGACGUCACGCCAGCGUCACACAAGCUGUGGCGCAAGGCACCGAGGAGCGUCCUUCGGCAGCUGCGCGGCCGCCUCACUCGCCUGCAGACGGCCUCCAUCACCACAGAUGCGGAGGCCUACUCGCGAGGGCCGGACGAGGACCGGCUGGGCGAUGAGGCCGCCAGUGUGGACGGGCAACAAAGGGACGGCGGCGAUGGGGAGGACAGCGAGCUGCGAGAGGCUGACGGUGAGGAUGGGGCUGCAGACGAGGAGGGAAUCCGCAGACACGAUCGGGCCCACGGCCAUCGGUCGGUGUUCGCCAAGAUGCUUGAGGCCUCUGCUGCGUCGCUAAAGAAGUGUGGACUGGGGGACAAGACGCAGGAGAGGGUCAGAGAUCUGCCUGCUGGGAGCAAUGAGGCCCGGACGGUGGUGUUUGAGAAGCUGGAGGCGGUGGUGCUGGCUGGCGCGUUGUGGGCAGAUGCCGCUUAUUCGCGAGCGUGGACGCUUCCCGCCAUCAAGGCGUUCGUCGGCGUAUGGGAGUCAGAGACGAUUCCCCAACACGUCCAGCAGCUGACGGGGUGGAUCCAGGCGUCCAAGUCCCUUACGCACGUCCACUCAUGCGACAUUGACCCGUCUGACCUGGCUGAGGCCUUGUCGGCCGCCCCAUCCCUCACCCACCUGACCACCUUGGGCUGCAUCGGCAUCCAAGGGACCGACGCUUCCUCAUGGGAGCCGCUGCUGAGUGUGAUAGAGAAGCAGGGGGCGGUGGGGCGCAUCGAGAGCCUCGGCAUCUGGUACAACUUGCCGGUCUCGGCCGACACAGAGGACCUGCAAGAGGACCCUGCUGUGUACGAGGGCAUUCGUGCCAGCCUGAGUGCGCUUGAGGGGGUCGUCCGUCGCCUGGCUGGUCGGCGCAUCUCAGCGGCGGAUAUGGAGGUGACGGCCAUCCCUGUCCCACUAGGUGUCAUGGCCUCUCGCCGAUGGAGCGAGCAUGUCAUGGCCAAUGUGGUCAGACGGACACCGCACGUCGACCACAACGCAGCUCAGUCAUCGGCCUCUGGCAGCAACCAGACGGCCGGUCGGAAAGGUGCCCUCUUCCCCAACAUGGUGCCUCGAGAUGGUGAUGGUGACGCGAGUGGGAGAGGGGCAGAAGCCGACAGCACACCCACUCAGCGCCCCUUCCAGCUGCUGAUCUACAUGCCCGGCAUUUUCGACGACAAGCUGCUGCGUCUGGAUCUAACGGCCUCCGACGUGCUGCCCAGGAAGGUGAUCCGCGAGAUGGCCCGUGUGGCUCCCUGCCUGCAUGUGAGGAGCGCCCCGUCUCAUCAGGAUGCGCUUCGAGGGAGCUUGGGCGACUGUGUGUUUGAGUCGGCCAAUUGUCUGAAGCUCCUCGUCAACCAGCCAUCCCAUGUCCUGCCCCUUGUCCCGCCCCCUCUCUCAUCCAGAGUGCGCCGCUUCCCAAAGUUGACCGUCGCCACCGUCCAUGCCUCUUCGCCUUCGAUGGAAGCGCUGGAUACGAUGGGCAUUCGUCCGUUCCUGAGAGAGGUGGGGGGGCCGCCAGAGGAGGUCGUCAUCGGGGUUGGUGACGGGUCGCUGGACCCUCAGACCGAGAUGGCCAGAGCUCGGGGACUGGCGGAGUUUAGCGUUGAGUGCAUCAGUGAGAUGGGGGUCUCCCGCCUGAGGACGUUCGCGCUUGUCCACUGCCACGCAACGACCACUGCCGAGGUGACAGUAUUGCCACAUCUCCUCACGACACCCAGGCUUGCCGCCCGCCUCCCUCCCAUCCAGCUGCUCGCAUUAGCCUCCCCCUACUGCGUCCACGACCGAUUUGGCACCGUGCAGAUGGACUUCAUCAUGUCCGUCGUCAACAGCACGCCCGGCCUGCAGCGGGUGGUCUUCAAGAGUAUGACGGAGAUUGUGGAGAGCCAGCUUCCAGGCCGGCUGUGGCACUAUCGUGCCUAUCUGGCUACCGCUGCGGUCGACGAGGCCCUCGCGUCGGCGGGAUCGCCAUUUGUUGUGGUGUCAGCUGAUGACAUCACACUCACGCUGGCGCGAUGAAGGAGGGAUCGGUAGUUGAUGGGUCGAUGGAUGGAUGGAUGGAUGGGAGAGAUAGAUAGAUGGAUGUGUCUGUCGGUGUAGCGAUCUGUGGCUGGCUGAUGGAAGUGGG